UGGAAAUAACUAUCAACAAUGAAACAAUUGUCAAAAUGGGCCUGAAUUAAAUAAUGAAAUAAAUAAAUUUCAUAUAUUUGUUUUUAAAAUGGACAAAAAUUAUGUUAAAACUACUAUAGAAGGAUUGAAAUCAACAUCAUCAAGCCGUGUCCAGGAUACCCUAUUGAAAAUACGAAGCAAAGUAAUAACAAAUGAUAGUGGAAUUCAACUUUUUAGAGAUUGUGGAGGGUUGGAAUGUUUACUGCCACAUUUACGCAAGCCCAAUGAAAGAAUUCUAGAUUUAACGUUAAGUAUAUUGGGGAAUUGUUGUCUAGAAGAUGAAAGUAGUUUAGCUGUUGGAAAGUUGAACUACUAUGGACCUCUUGUGUCUAUUUUGAAGACAGUCUGCCGGGACAGUAUCGUAGGCAGGGCCUGUCGCGUCAUCGGCAACAUGGCCCAGAAGACCAGCAAUGCAGAGAACUUGCACAACCAUGGGGUGGUCACUGCACUCAUCACAUUGAUAGAAAGCCGGGAUAAAAAUACUUCAUAUCCUACAUUAACUAUGGCUGUUAGAGCUGUAAGACAAUUAUGGAUGGUCCCAGAAAAGAGAGAGGAAAUGCUUAGUUUAAAUGCAGUCCGCUGCAUAGCUAUCCUCCUAACAACUGAGUGUGAGUCUGCUGGUGUGAUCAAAUCUACUUGCAAUUCGAGUAAGGAGGGUGAAGGUCUGAGGAAGAGCCAAGAGGAACUAAUAUGUGGCAUUUUAAAGUGCUUGGGUUACUUCACAACCCAUGCCUCUGCAUUAUGUGCAGAACAGAUACAAGGCGAUGGCAGAGGAUACCAGUGCUUGGUGGCAUUGACUAAAACAUAUGAAUCAGUGGCAUUGAAAUGUCUUAUGAACUUGUGCUACCUCUCUUCAUGCCGGCCACUUCUUGGCACCGCUGGACUUGUUGAGUGCCUUGUUAGGAUUUUACUUAAGAAUUCAGAGGAUUCAUACUGGCAAAAGACAGAAUCGGCGGCGCGCGCCCUCGCGCAGCUGAGUGGUGAGUCAGUGAACCGCUCGCGGCUGCGACACUGCGGCGGACUGCCGCUUCUACUUGCCGCGGCUCGGGUCAGCCCGGACGCUAUGCGGGCGUUGCUGCAAUAUGUGUUCGAUGAUACUUCAUUCCAAAUCCUAGUCAGCAAAGGGCUCAUCAGCCUGCUGACCGACGAACUAACCACCUUCGUCGCAACCAUGGACUUCGAACACAACAACUUAGAAAACGCCGACUCAAACGAAAUCGUAACCGCAGUUAAAGCAGAAGAGACAGAGGCGCCAAAAACCGAACUGAAGUUAAAUACUGACGAUGGAAAGUCGUUAUUCGUAAGACGUCGAGGUCCUUUUUGCUCGAAGAAUGAGGAUGAGCUAAAGGUGGUGAUUGAGAGGGAUAAUAUGAUAGUUGGGUUUGUUGAUGCGGUGGAUAGUGAUGCCUCGGAGGACAGUCAGAGUGACGAGGAGACGCCGCGCCGGAAGUACUUGAAGAGGGCGCGGUCAAGGAGCCCUAUGACUUUAAAAAAGAAAUCACAAUUAAUCAAAAUGGCCAGCAAAGACUGGUCAGCCGGAGUAUAUUGGGAGCCGAAAAGCCCCGAAUGGCCUUCCAGCUCCCGAAGCGCGAUGAGCCCCGACCGACCCCAAAGCCCGCUCUCGCCCUACUACGAGGCCGGGUUAGGCCAGCCCGGGUUCCCGGCUGGAUCCCAGUUCCCAGCGAGCAAGCGCGCGCGGCUGGACUGGAGCCCCGAGUCGGGCGUGAGCACGGGCGAGGGCAGCAGUAUGGGCUCGUCGUGUUGGAAGGACUUUCAAUGGAGCUCGGGUAGUGAAAGCCCCACAUCGCCUCUGAGCAUUAAUGAAGAGAGUUCAGACUCGGAGAUAUCGGGGCGGUACUCCCCGGUGCUGUGCGAGGCGGAGGGCGAGGCGGAGGCGGCGGCGCGCGCGGAGCUGGACGCGGCGCAGGUGGCGCACGGGCUGGACGAGCUCAUCAUGGACGACGACGAGAGCCUCGACGACACGCCCACGGCCGAGAGCUCCGGCAAGCUAGAGAACUCUAAGACGUCCCGCAUAGCCUGCGUUCUAGUACUUCUGUUCCGAGUGUCCCACGGCGCGUGCAACAGCCUCGGGGCGAUACGAGAGGAACCGGUGUCUAAUCACACGUUAGAACUACUCACUGGACGAGAGUGUCUUAAUGCGUUGUUGGACUAUGUUGAGAAAUGUAAGCGGCCUUUGGGCAGGGCGGCUAGGAUACUUGCCAGGGUUUUAAGCAAUGCCCUGUGCCUCAUGAGUAUACUCAAGCACAGACUAGCUCUUAGAUUACACAAAAUGUCGGUAGUCUCCAAGCAUCCGCCUACUAAAUGUCAGCAGUGCAAGCAGAUCUUGAGAUUGAGCUCUAAACUGUUGGCCCAGUUGACAAUCCUGGCCGAGUCCAGUUACGGUAUCGGCGAAAUUAGUUACCAGCUCCUAAAGGGCUCCCCCGCCAUGCAGCAAACACUCUCCAUCACACUGCCAUACAUAGUAAGGACUGAAAAACCGUUGAAGAAAUAUUUUAUAGAUUGCAACGCCUUAAACAUCCUGUUCAACAUAAUAUCGGAAUCCAAAGAAGACAUGAAAGUGUGCGUCACCGCCCUAUCGAAGCUCGCCACCAACGUACACAUCAAAGACCCCAAAUUUUUGGAGAACCGGUUCAACGACCAGAUCUACGUCAGCUACGAUCCAAUAUUAGACAACUUGGCAGGAUCCGACAUAGUGACGUUCGAAUUAGACGACCAAUCACAAGUUAACGCAAACAAGAUAUUCCUAUGUCAGAACUCUGAAGUAUUCAGUGCCAUGCUUAUGGGAUGCUUCAAGGAAUCGGCAGAAAAGUGCGUCAGACUGCAAAACGUAACAAAACCAGCGCUCGAGUACUUAUUCACUCUACUACACAUCGGCUUGAACAACCCAAAAUGCGACGUACAAGUGUUCCCUCUAGCGGACAAACUGGAAACUAACUUAGAAGUACUGUUGCUAGCCGACAGAUUCCUUUUUGACAAACUGAAAGGCUUGCUGAGUAGUGCCAUAUUACAAUUCCAACUAACGCCGGAGACUGCGGAUAAGAUCUACGUGUGGUCGUUGAGUGAAGGCAUGGGUUUCCUUUGCGUUGAAUCCGUCGCGUACUUACUGACAGGCAAAAUGUGCGAGGCGCAACGCGCGCGCUCCUUCAGCGCUAUAUUAGACUUACAAUAUAAGGAACAGUGGUUGGACGACAUAAAGACUAUGAUUGUGAGACAACUCGUUAAAUGAAUUUAUGUUUACAUGUUGA